GUGAACCCACACGCGACGUCUUGUGAAUUUCUACCAACCAAUAAUAUAAGCUCUUUAUUUCCUUUUAACCUUUUUCUCUCUAUUUCAAAUCUGAUAUCAUACACAACAUACUUUUGUACCCAAAUCAAAAUCAAUGGCUGAUAAGAACGGCAACAAUACUAGUAGCAGUGUAAUCACUUCUACAAUCACUGCCAAAAGUCCUACUCGUCCACCUAUAAGUGAAAGUGACGGCAAAGGAGGCAAAAGAGGAAGCGGAAGCUCAUUUGCCUUGUUGCCAUUGACUCAUCGCGUGGGAGGUCAUGUCCGCAUGUUCAGAUUGGCCAACGGUGCCAUUUGCAAGGCCCUUACAAACAAGGAACGAGAGUUCUACGAAGAUGUUGAGCAAAAGCCAGAAUUUCGACCCUUUGUACCUUGCUACAUGGGCGUCAUUGUCAUUUCGGACGAUCAACAGAACGGACCAAAGAUUAUUCUGGAACGAGAUAAACGUCGCUUAAAACAAUUCACGCCGCCACCUACCAUGCGGCCUAUACGACGAUCCACGACUGUCAUGCUCUCCUCAGAUAGUUCGGAUACAGACGUACUGCCUAUCUAUCGAAGCGGCCAUCCACCUUAUCAUAAUGCCAUGGAUCCAGCAGCAGCUUCUCGUCGUCCUCGUCCUGGUCGACGGCGAUCAUGUUGCCAACGGGCGGUGUCAUGCCCUGCUGUCUUGCGGACUGAAAAAGUUGACAUCCGACGGCCGCAUCCAGCGACACAACAACAACAACAACAACAAUCGGAAGACGACCAACAACAGGGAAUCAUCAACUCGUCGCUAUCGGAUCAAGACACGCAUGAAUUCAUUGUUAUGGAAGACUUGACGUUCGAAAUGGAGCGGCCAUGUGUUUUGGACCUGAAAAUGGGAACAAGGCAGCAUGGUGUCUAUGCUGCAGAAGCCAAGAUGAAAAGCCAGACAGCUAAAUGUGAGCAUUCCACAAGCAAGUCUUUGGGUGUCCGCAUGUGCGGCAUGCAGGUGUAUCGAGGGUCAACAGGAAAGUGUCAGACCCAGGAUAAAUAUGUCGGACGAGAAUUGGAUGCGGAUGGAUUUCGCGACACAUUGCAUUCGUUCUUGAGCGACGGUACGCGUUUGCUCGUCGAAUAUAUACCCGAUCUGAUAAGCAAGAUAUGGCAGUUACAACGGAUCAUCAAAUCCAUGCACGGCUAUCGUUUCUUUGGCUCGAGUCUUCUCAUCAUAUACGAUGGUGCAGAUACGACCAAACCCGUCGAUUUGAGACUCAUUGAUUUUGCACAUUGCGUAACCAAGCAGGAACUACUGCAGAACCGUGCCCGCAUGACAUGUCCACCCGAACAGCCGAUCGACCAGCCAGAUCAUGGGUAUCUGAAAGGCCUAAUGACGUUGAUGCACAUGUUGCAAAACAUAGCCACCCGCCAUUUCAAUUCUUCCCCAUACUAAAAACCUGCCACAAACGUUCUUAUACAUAUAUACAUACACGAUACUACUAUCAUCACUACUUACUAU